UUGCGCCAACUUUGUCUUCCAUUCAGGGCCCAUCAUGUCCAUACGGCUGGCCAUGUCUUGUCUGUUCAAGAGCUGCUACUCGCUGUGGGCAGUAUAGCAAUAGCAUUACCCGUAGCAUCACUCACCCGUGGCCAGCAUCCCUCCAGCCAUGCUUCCCGCCAGGCCUCGUCUGCCGGCGCUGGCUCCGCGGCUGCCAGGCAAUUCGCCGCCGGUGGUUGAGCGGCCGAGCGUCAAGGAGCAUACGGAACAAGAGUGGUUAGCGCAGAAGGACCUUAUUGAGAAGUUAUACAUAGGAGACAACCGCAAAUUGAAUGAGAUCAUGGCCAUAAUGGAGACUAAAUAUGGAUUUGCCGCAACAGAGCAAAUGUAUAAAAAGAGAUUCAAGAAGUGGAACAUUAGGAAAAGAGCAUAUCGCAAAUCGCCCGGGGAAACCACUCCCCUUACCCCCCCUACUCCCUCAUCUAUAGCCUCAUCUUCCGCCGACUCAACGCAAGAUGCCGAUGUUGAGGAGAUACCGAGGACAACGACCCCUACAGUUACCGGCCUGGACCUGGUCCCGAAUCCCCAGUUCAAGCCCCUCGCAGACUUGGAGCUUAUUCUAAACGGCGUCCUUUCCUGGAGUUCAGGGAAAUUGGAGACUUAUCGCAUAGUGUCCGAUCCCAUGUCCCAGUACCUUGCCACUCCCAACCAGCCACCUAUGCAGGAUAGCCGCACCAUGUAUCGGACGUUUGAGCUGGUUUUUGACUUGUGGUCUUAUGGCAAGGGCGAUCUUGCGGGCAUGGCGGCUAGAAAGGGCUUCUAUGUCCUAGAAUUCGUCUUAACUGAAGACCACCCUGACCUUCUCUGGCAUAUUCUUGACACAAUAUACGACAUGAUCGACCGAGGGCAUUUGCAACUUCUUGGCAUGUUUAUAAGACAUGCGCUUGUGCUGUCAAGACAGCGCUUUCCUGCAAAUCAUCCUCUCAUCCGCAUCCUUCAACAACUCCUAGCUUGCGACUAUCAAACUGAAGACGGCCGUCAGUUCAUUUGCUACCUGUUACGACAAGCAUGGCUACGAAACGUCGAUCUUCUUUCAGAGUACAUUAAGUCAUCAGCGCCUCAAGAGUUUUGGCUAUACGAGCAGUUGAUUUGGGAUGGCCGGACAAAGCUUCGUCGGAAUAACGGGCUGGCCAACAGACGUGAGAUCAUGUAUGCAGCUCUUGAAAACCUGGGACACCAUGAAGAGCCCGUACUGAGUGAUGAUAACGUGGAAAAACUGAGAGUCGACGCUCUCAUGCUGGAAUUCACGCAGAUGGAUCUAGAUGACAAGGAGAAGGCGGAGCAGAUGGCGUUGGAUCUGCUCGAUAUCACGCAGUAUGAAACAGGAGCACUUUCGAACGCCAGAUUUCAUGCGUAUGCCCGCAAGAUGCUAGCUAGGCUCUGCGAGAGCAGAGAAGCCUGGGACCAGGUCGAGCAGAACCUGAAAUAUGCCAUUCACAUGCGAGAAGCUGCGCAUGGAACGAGCACCAAUUUGCGGGUUAUCCGAGACAUGUGGGUGCUCGCGGCUUACUACAACAAAGUCGGCAAGAUAGAUGACGCUCUACGAGUUGCCCAAGAUGCCAUCACCAGGGCACAACAGUAUUUGCACGAUAUCCCAGGCUGAGGCUGUUUAUGAUAAGAAUACGGAUCGCAAGGUCAGUCGGCGUUAUGAGACAAAGUAACGAGAGCAUGGCAGAUUAAGGAAGAACCGACGGGUAGGAUUGAUUUUUCGCAACGCGCCAUUACUACGAGAAUGGCUUCAUUAGAGUCACCCCUUUGAUGGGCAGUUUAUGUUUGGGUAGAAGCGAAGCUGGAGUAUUGGUUGGGUGCCUUUGGCGGCACCUUCAUUUUACAAUGGCUACAUAUUCAUGCCUACUUAUAUAGUUAAUAUCAG